UGUCCAGGUAACCAGGGAAGUUGUCGCUGCCUUUGGGUACCAACUGGUACCCAAGUGUCCCGCCAUGCAGCUGAAGCACCUGAGGACCCUGCUGAGCCCGCAGGAUGGAGCUGCAAAGGUGACCUGCAUGUCUUGGUCUCAGAACAAUGCCAAGUUUGCUGUGUGCACAGUGGACCGAGUGGUGUUGCUGUAUGAUGAACACGGGGAGCGCAGAGACAAAUUCUCUACCAAACCAGCUGACAUGAAGUAUGGUCGAAGGAGCUACAUGGUGAAAGGCAUGGCCUUUUCUCCGGACUCCACAAAGAUCGCCAUUGGACAGACAGACAACAUCAUCUUUGUGUACAAGAUUGGGGAGGACUGGGGGGACAAGAAGGUGAUCUGCAACAAGUUCAUCCAGACGAGCGCGGUCACCUGUCUACAGUGGCCAUCGGAGUAUGUCAUUGUCUUCGGACUGGCUGAAGGGAAGGUCCGUAUGGUCAACACUAAAACCAGCAAAUCAUCUACUAUCUAUGGGACAGAGUCGUACGUGGUGUCCCUGACAACGAAUUUUUCUGGAAAAGGAAUUCUGUCCGGUCAUGCAGAUGGCACCAUCGUUCGGUAUUUCUUUGAUGACGAAGGUUCUGGAGAAUCACAGGGAAAGCUGGUGAACCACCCCUGCCCGCCCUAUGCCUUGGCUUGGGCAACCAACAGCAUCGUGGCUGCAGGCUGUGAUCGGAGGGUCGUGGCCUAUGGGAAGGAAGGCCACGUGCUGCAGACGUUCGACUACAGCCGGGACCCUCAGGAGCGGGAGUUCACCACAGCUGCAGCAAGUCCCGGGGGCCAGUCUGUCGUGCUGGGAAGCUAUGACAGACUUCGUGUGUUCAACUGGAGCCCACGACGGAGCAUCUGGGAAGAGGCCAAACCCAAGGAGAUCGCCAACUUGUACACCAUCACAUCCUUAGCCUGGAAGCGGGAUGGCUCACGGCUCUGUGCGGGCACACUCUGUGGUGGUGUGGAACAGUUCGACUGCUGCCUGCGGAGGAGCAUUUAUAAGAACAAGUUUGAGCUGACAUACGUGGGGCCUAGCCAGGUGAUUGUCAAGAACCUGUCUUCGGGGACCCGUGUCGUGCUCAAAUCCCACUAUGGCUACGAGGUGGAAGAGGUGAAAAUCCUGGGCAAGGAGCGAUACCUGGUGGCACACACCUCAGAUACGCUGCUACUCGGGGACCUGAACACGAACCGCCUUAGCGAGAUAGCAUGGCAGGGUUCUGGUGGCCACGAGAAGUACUUCUUUGAAAAUGAGAAUGUGUGCAUGAUCUUCAAUGCCGGCGAGCUGACUCUGGUGGAAUACGGAAGCAAUGACACCUUGGGCUCCGUCCGCACCGAGUUCAUGAACCCCCAUCUCAUCAGUGUCCGGAUCAAUGAGCGGCGUCAGCGGGGGAUGGACGAGAACAAGAAAUUGGCUUAUCUAGUUGACAUCAAGACUAUUGCCGUGGUGGAUCUCAUUGGUGGCUACAACAUUGGCACCAUCAGCCAUGAGAGCCGCGUGGACUGGCUGGAACUCAACGAGACUGGGCACAAGCUCCUCUUCCGGGACCGGAAAUUCCGCCUGCACCUGUAUGACAUCGAAAGCUGCUCUAAGACCAUGAUCCUCAACUUCUGCUCCUACGUGCAGUGGGUCCCCGGAAGCGAUGUGCUGGUGGCCCAGAACCGCAACAACUUGUGUGUGUGGUACAACAUCGAGGCCCCUGAGAGGGUCACCAUGUCCACUGUCCGGGGGGAAUGUCAUAGGCCUGUGAGCGGGGGUGGAGGCAAGACCGAGGUGAUGGUGACCGAGGGAGUGACCACAGUCGCCUACACGCUGGAUGAAGGCCUGAUCGAGUUUGGAACGGCCAUCGAUGACGGCAACUACAUCCGGGCCACGGCCUUCUUGGAGACUCUGGAAAUGACCCCGGAAACAGAGGCCAUGUGGAAGACACUGAGUAAACUGGCCCUGGAAGCCAGGCAGCUGCACAUUGCAGAGAGGUGCUUUUCUGCUCUGGGCCACGUUGCCAAAGCCCAGUUUCUGCACAAGACAAAUGAAAUUGCAGAUCAAGUGUCUCGGGAAUAUGGUGGUGAAGGGACAGAUUUUUAUCAGGUCCGUGCACGCCUUGCCAUGCUAGAGAAGAACUAUAAACUGGCCGAAAUGAUCUUCUUGGAACAGAACGCUGUGGAGGAGGCAAUGAACAUGUACCAGGAACUCCACCGUUGGGAUGAUUGCAUCGCUGUGGCUGAGGCCAAGGGCCACCCUGCCCUGGAGAAGCUGCGCCGGGGCUACUACCAGUGGCUGAUGGACACUCAGCAGGAGGAGCGGGCUGGCGAGCUCCAGGAGAGCCAAGGCGACGGGCUGGCAGCUAUUAGCCUCUACCUCAAAAGCCGGCUCCCUGGCAAGAGCCGGUCGCGGCUUGGUGCUCUCAUGGAGGAGCUGCUAAGCCCAACUCGGAGCCUGGUGGAGAGCGCAUCUACCUCCGCCCUCAUCAAGAGCGAGCUGUAUGAGCGGGCAGCGCGAUCUCUUGAGAAGAUCCGAAAAUCCACAGCCCGGGGGGCACUGGAGUGCUACUGUAAAGGCAGCGCGUUCAUGAAAGCGGUGGAGCUGGCUCGCGUGGCCUUCCCCGGGGAGGUGGUGCGCCUGGAGGAGGCCUGGGGUGACCACCUGGUGGUCCAGAAGCAGCUGGACGCGGCCAUUAACCACUACAUAGAAGCCAGGUGUUCCAUUAAGGCGAUUGAGGCGGCCCUGGGUGCCCGCCAGUGGAAGAAGGCGAUUUACAUCCUAGAUCUGCAGGACCGGAACACAGCGUCCAAGUACUACCCUCGAGUGGCCCAGCACUAUGCAUCCCUGCAGGAAUAUGAGAUCGCAGAGGAGCUGUACACGAAAGGCGACCGCACCAAAGAUGCCAUCGACAUGUACACGCAAGCUGGCCGCUGGGAGCAGGCCCACAAGCUGGCGCUGAAGUGCAUGAGGCCCGAGGAGGUGUCUGUGCUGUACAUCACUCAGGCCCAGGAGCUGGAGAAACAGGGCAAGUACCGCGAGGGCCGCAGGCUCUACGUGAUGGUGGAGGAGCCGGACCUCGCCAUCACCAUGUUCAAGAAGCACAAGUUGUACGACGACAUGAUCCGCCUGGUCGGGAAGCACCACCCCGACCUCCUCAGCGACACUCACCUGCACCUGGGCAAGGAGCUGGAGGCCGAGGGUCGCCUGCAGGAGGCCGAGUAUCAUUACCUGCAGGCCCAGGAGUGGAAGGCGACCGUCAGCAUGUUCCGGUCCAACGGGCUUUGGGAGGAAGCUUACCGGGUAGCCAAGACUCAUGGUGGAGCUAAUGCCCACAAACACGUGGCCUAUCUGUGGGCCAAGAGCCUGGGUGGGGAGGCCGCCGUCAGACUGCUCAACAAGCUGGGGCUCCUGGAGGCUGCCGUGGACCAUGCUGCUGACAACUGCUCCUUUGAAUUUGCAUUCGAGCUCGCUCGGCUGGCCCUGAAGCACAAAACCCCCGAAAUUCACCUGCGCUAUGCCAUGUACCUGGAGGAUGAGGGCAAAUUUGAAGAGGCUGAAGCUGAGUUCAUCAGGGCUGGGAAACCCAAGGAAGCCGUCCUCAUGUUUGUCCAUAACCAGGACUGGGAGGCGGCUCAGCGGGUGGCCGAGGCUCAUGAUCCCAACAGUGUGACCGAGGUGCUGGUGGGCCAGGCUCGGGGGGCCUUGGAGGAGAAGGAUUUCCAGAAAGCAGAGGCCUUGCUACUGCGGGCGCAGAGACCCGGCCUGGCCCUCAGUUACUACAAGGAGGCCGGGCUGUGGAGUGAGGCACUGCGCAUCUGCAAAGACUACGUGCCAGGGCAGCUGGAGGCCCUGCAGCAGGAAUACGAGCAGGAGGCGGCCAAGAAGGGUGCCAGGGGCAUGGAGGGGCUGGUGGAGCAGGCACGCCAGUGGGAGCAGGCAGCCGAGUACAGCCGCGCCGUGGACUGCUACCUCAAGGUGCGGGACACCGGCAACAGCAGUGGCCUGGUGGAGAAGUGCUGGAUGAAGGCCGCAGAACUCGCCAUCAAGUUCCUGCCCUCCCAGCGAAGUCUGGAAGUAGUUCAGGCCGUGGGGCCGCAGCUGAUUGGCAUUGGGAAGCACGGUGCUGCUGCGGAGCUCUUUCUGAACCUGAACUUGGUCAAAGAGGCCAUCGAUGCUUUGAUGGAAGGCGAGGACUGGAGCAAGGCCAAGCGCGUGGCCAAGGAGCUGGAUUCCCGGUACGAAGACUACGUGGACCAGCACUACAAGGAAUUCCUCAAGAACCAGGGCAAGGUGGACUCGCUGGUGAGCGUGGACGUGGUGGCCGCGCUGGAUCUGUACGUGGAGCAAGGCCAGUGGGACAAAUGCAUGGAAACCGCCACCCGGCAGAACUACAAGAUUCUGCACAAAUACGUGGCUUUGUACGCGACUCACUUGAUCCGAGAGGGCGACUGUGCCCAGGCCCUGGCGCUGUAUGUGCAGCAUGGAGCCCCUGCCAACUCCCAGAACUUCAACAUCUACAAGAGGAUCUUCACCGACAUGGUGAGCUCGCCCGGGAGCAACAGCGCUGAGGCCUACCACAGCUGGGCCGACCUGCGCGAUGUCCUCUUCAACCUGUGUGAGAACCUGGCGAAUUCCUCAGAGGCCAACUCCGCAGCCCACGAGGAGUUUGAGACGAUGCUGCUGAUUGCCCACUACUAUGCCACUCGCUCCGCAGCCCAGAGUGUCAAGGCCCUGGAAACCGUGGCUGCCAGGCUUUCUGUUUCGCUCUUGCGACACACGCAGCUGCUCCCUGCAGACAAGGCCUUCUAUGAAGCUGGCAUGGCAUCCAAGGCCGUCGGCUGGGAGAACAUGGCCUUCAUCUUCCUCAACCGAUUCCUGGAUCUGACCUAUGCCAUCGAGGAAGGGACAUUGGACAGCUUGGAUCACUCUGACUUCCAGGACACAGACAUUCCCUUCGAGGUGCCCCUUCCCGACAAACAGCACGUGCCGGAGGCCGAGAGAGAAGAGGUCCGGGACUGGGUGCUCACGGUGUCCAUGGACCAGCGGCUGGAGCAGGUUCUGCCUCGGGAUGAGCGCGGUGCCUAUGAGGCUUCCCUGGUAGCUGCGAGCACUGGCGUGCGAUCCCUGCCCUGCCUCAUAACAGGAUACCCUAUUUUAAGGAACAAAAUUGAAUUUAAGCGGCCUGGGAAGGCAGCCAACAAGGACAACUGGAAUAAGUUCCUAAUGGCUAUCAAGACCUCCCACAGCCCGGUGUGCCAGGACGUGCUCAAGUUCAUCAGCCAGUGGUGUGGAGGGCUGCCCAGCACCAGCUUCUCCUUCCAGUAAAGAGCCCGGGUUCUCUCCCGAAUUAAAGGCACAUGAGUGACUGAGACCGCUGUGCGCUGUGAUCCAGCCCCCAACGCCCCAGCCCGGUGGAGCCCUUUCCCCCCAGGACUCC